UUGGCGUCGUAGUUCCAAGACUUGAAUAUUGGCAUUGACAUAUUGGGGACUCACCCACCCUCCUCGUAACUCCAACGUAUGAACUCUGUUCACCCCCACCUGCUCAGGCUUUCCAUAUCUCAAGCACCCAAAUACCUCACCAUUUUUUCCCAUGUAUCAAUAACAACAACAACAAAUAAUACCACCACAACUUUUGACACCCAACUCAAUGCUCAAUCUCCAACAAACCAUGAACACCCAGAAUCUCCAGCAAAAGCCAUACCAACCCAAUUGUCCAAUUGUGCCAACUUAUUGGAACUGAAUCAAAUUUUUGCACACAUAAUCCGAACCCAUUUUCUACAAUUGUACCCUGCACCCUUUCAUUGGAACAAUAUUAUUAGAUCGUACACUAGACUAGAGGCACCUAACAAAGCACUAUGUGUUUACAUUUCCAUGUCAAAAGCUGGGGUCUUGCCUGAUUGUUAUACACUUCCCAUUAUCUUAAAAGCUGUGUCUCAAACUUUUGCAACUGGGUUUGGUCGCCAGCUUCAUUCGGUAGCCAUAAGGGUCGGGUUGGAAUACAAUGAGUACUGUGAGAGUGGGUUCAUUAGCUUAUACUGUAAAGCGGGGGAGUUUAGGAAUGCACAUGAGUUGUUUGAUAAAAAUCCUGAUAGAAAGUUGGGUUCUUGGAAUGCAAUUAUAGCAGGUCUUUCACAAGGUGGGCGUGCAAAGGAAGCGAUAAACAUGUUUUUGGAGCUAAGGAAAUCUGGGUUUUUUCCGGAUGAUGUGACCAUGGUUAGUGUUACAUCAGCCUGUGGAAGUCUUGGGGACUUGAACUUGGCUCUUCAAUUGCACAAACUUGUUUUCCAAGUUAAAACCUUUGAGAAAUCUGAUGUUUUGACAUUGAAUUCGCUUAUAGACAUGUAUGGAAAAUGUGGGAAGAUGGACUUAGCUUAUAAUGUGUUUUCGAGAAUGGAUCAAAGAAAUGUGUCAUCAUGGACAUCCAUGAUUGUGGGGUAUGCGAUGCAUGGACAUGUGAAUGAAGCACUAGAAUUCUUUCAGUGCAUGAGAGAUGCAGGCGUGAGGCCGAACCAUGUGACUUUUGUAGGGGUAUUGAGCGCAUGUGUGCAUGGUGGGACUGUACAAGGGGGAAGAUAUUACUUCCACAUGAUGAAGAAUGCAUAUGGGAUAAUGCCCCAGUUGCAACAUUAUGGAUGCAUGGUGGAUUUGCUUGGUCGAGCUGGAUUGUUCAAGGAGGCCAGAGAAAUGAUAGAGGAGAUGCCAAUGAAGGCCAAUUCAGUAGUAUGGGGGUCUUUAAUGGGUGCUUGUGAGAAGUAUGGGAAUGUGAAGAUGGGGGAGUGGGCUGCUAAGCAUUUACAAGAAUUGGAACCUUGGAAUGAUGGGGUUUAUGUGGUUUUAUCAAACAUUUAUUCCAGCAGAGGUUUGUGGAAAGAGGCUGAGAGGGUAAGAGAGGUCAUGAAGGGGAGAAAACUUGCUAAGAUUCCUGGUUAUAGCCUGGCAACCAGUUCAAACUGAGCCAAGAAAUUUUGUUUAUUAAUUUACAUACACUUCCCUUAAAUUCAUUUCUUUUAUUUU